AUGAGCACCCUGGACGCCACCGGGGAGCGUAGGCCCCAAGCACAGAUCCCAGGGUCCCGCAAGCCCAAGGGCCACCAGGGAGGGCGGGGCCAGUCCGGACAGCUGCCCACUCUGUCCCACUUUAACACUGAAUCCACUGACUUCUCUGUCCAUCUUCACCGACUCUCCACAGUCACACCAGCAGCACCUGAGAUUCAGGCAGGUGGAACUCUGCUCAGCGGCUCCUCUUCUUACUCCGUUCUGGAGUUUAUUGGUGAAGGCUGUUUUGGCAAAGUAGCCAAGUGUCAGAAGCUGGAGACCAACGAGACAGUGGCUGUCAAGAUUCUCAAGAAAGACACGAGUGUCAAGCUCAUAAAGAAAGAGUUGUCCAUUUUAAAGGACAUCAGUGUCCUGGACCCUGACGUCUACAACGUGGUGAAGUUCUUGGAGCAGUUUGAACACAUGGGGCAGACCUGUCUAGCUUUUGAGAUGCUGGAGAAGAAUCUCGAUGAGCUGCUCCGAGAGUACGACUUUGACCCACUGCUUGUAAAUGUGAUCCGUCCAAUCGCAGCACAGCUGUUGGUGGCCUUGGACGCCCUGAAGAGUCUGGCUAUCCUGCACACAGACAUUAAACCUGACAACAUUAUGCUCGUCAGUCCUCCCGACCAGUCUUUCAGGAUCAAACUCGUCGACUUUGGUCUGGCAAUCCCAGCUUCCCAAGUCCAUCCUGGUCUGAUAAUCCAGCCAUUGGGGUACAGGGCUCCAGAAGUUGUCCUCGGCCUCCCCUUCACGGAGGCUGUACAUGUGUGGGGAGUGGGCUGCCUGCUGGCCUUCCUCUACCUCGGUGGUGACCUCUUCCCUGCCAGCUGUCCCUAUCAGAUGAUGAGGUGCAUUGUGAAGCUUCUGGGUCAGCCGGAGGACCACAUUCUCCGGGCUGGAAGAUACACCCUGAAGUACUUUAAGGAGGAGGAAACUGCUGAUGGAGCAAGAUGGAGCCUGAUGACUCCAGAAACAGAUUCAUCUGCUGCAACACAAAAGCAGCACAGCUUAUCUGAGCUGUUCAACUCUCUGGAUGACCUGGUUGAUCUUUUUCCAUCAGAAGUUCCAGGUGAAUAUGAGGACAGGAAGGUUUUUGUGGACCUCCUCAAACAGCUGCUGCAUCUUGACGGGGAUCAGAGAAUCUCUCCCUGUGAAGCUCUGCAGCAUCCGUUCAUCACCAUGUCCCACCUGACCGGGCUGCCUGACAGCAGAGACUAUCGGAUCGACUCCAAAAUCCUGAUGAGUUUCUGCUCAGCAGAGACGUCAGCUGACAUGGUGGACACCUCUGCAGCCUCUGAACCCCAUCAAGAGUCAGUUCCUGGGUUCAGUGUUGAAGAUCCACACAGUGGAACCAGAGAUGAUCGUCCAUCCAGCAGCUCAGGGGAUGGAGCCACUUCUACAAAGUGCUCUGAUAAUAAAGCACUCAGCCUCAGUGAUGAAGAUCCUUCUGCCUCCUCCUCCGUCUCUUCUUCUGGCUCUAGAAAACUACUGAAGAGGAUUCGGAGACUUUUCAGCAGAAUCAAGACUGCUUUUAGUUGCUGCUGGCGUCCUGCUGUGGAGGACUGA